CACUCAAAUUCUAACAGGGAAAACUUCAGAUCUGUGUCAGAAAUCCCUAAAAAGUUCAGACAUAUUUUCAAUUUCAGUAAUUUCAAUUACUUGCAGUCAGAAAUAUUUGAUCAUGCUCUGUAUAAAGAUGAACCUUUGGUCAUUUCUGCCCCAACUGGAUCAGGUAAAACAGUAAUAUUUGAACUGGCCAUUGUGAGGUUGAUUCUUUUGAAAGAAUCAAGACAGAUUUCUAAUUUUAAAAUUGUCUAUAUGGCGCCUAUAAAGGCACUUGUUAGUGAAAAGUUUAAUGAGUGGCAAGCAAAGUUAUCCCCGCUUGGUUUGAACUGCUGUGAACUGACAGGCGACUCAGAAAUUGAAGAUUACUCAGAACUGAGAGGAGUCCAUGUGAUACUAACAACACCAGAGAAAUGGGAUUUUAUGACGAGAAGAUGGAGGGAAAACCGAUCAUUUGUUCAACUUGUUAAACUGUUCCUCAUAGAUGAAGUGCACACUAUCAAUGAUGAUACCAGGGGAGCAACUCUAGAAGCAGUAGUCAACAGGAUG